CUCCCGUCUCCCUUCUCUCGCUCCAACUUUACCAUCCUUCAAAAUGCCUUUCACCGCUUCUGACAUCUGCAAGAUCAUCUUCGCCAUCAUUCUGCCUCCUCUGGGUGUCUUCCUGGAGCGCGGAUGUGGUGCUGACCUCCUGAUCAACAUCUGUUUAACCAUCCUGGGAUGGAUCCCUGGUAUCAUCCACGCCAUCUACAUCAUCUUCAAAUACUAGCGAUACCCACGUUCCCCACACCGUCGCAGCCAAUAAUACUUGCCACUCGAUAUUUCGUGAAAAGCAAGUCCUGUGACCAAUUUCACCUUCAUUCCCCUCAAGCAAGGGGCGGUACGAUUCAAUAUGAGGGUGUCAGCGUGGGCCCGAGGAGGUCCGGUUGGGACUAGCCUGAUGCAGCCUCCGCCACUUGGCAUCGGAUCCGGCAUGAUGUCCAUAAUUCCCUAAUCUUGUGUUGUUCUGUGGCAUGCUUUUCUUUUGUUGUUUCCUUUGUUCUGCUGCGGGUUCUUGCUUUUUCGUUUCGAUUGAUACCAGCUCAUACCAUGUUCUGGGGCAUCGUUGUUUCGUAUCAAUGCCCGUUAGCUAGCCUGAUGAUUCAUGGGUAUGAAUUUAUAACUCGGUUUAAACGCA